GCUCUCGUUGCCCUCAGUUUCGCUCUCCCGCUUGACGCCGCUCUCGCCCUCUCGCUCUUGUCCUCCCCUCUCGCUGAUCUCAGCCACCAACGGCUAGACCGAGCGCCGACGUGCGCCGCCGGAGCAUUCGUCGUCUUCCUCGCCUGCUUCUCCCCCGCUCGGUGCUCGUCGACGAUCCCGCUCGAAACGGUCCCUGGUUUCGCCACUUUCUCCGCUCCAACAGCGAUCUCCGUCUCUUUCGGUACUCCGGCACCGCUCCGUUUUUAAGUUAUAAGAAGCUUCCGUCUUCCAAGCAGGAGACAGGCAUAUAAAGGGUCAUGUUGGGGACAGCAAUUAGGCUUUUUUCGACGAAGCCGAAACCGAAGAUGAAACCGACUGAGCUCAAGAUGCCUCCAGAGCAGACACAAACAAUCACGAGGGUCAUCUUUGACUUAUUGAAGGAGCAUGGUCCUCUCACGAUAGCAGACACCUGGGAACGUGUUCAAGAAGUUGGUUUAAGAGGACUGACUAGCAAAAGGCACAUGAAAAUUGUGUUGAGAUGGAUGAGAGAGAGACAAAAGUUGCGGCUCAUAUGCAACCAUGUUGGUCCGAAUAAGCAAUUUCUCUACACAACUUGGUUCACAAAAGUGCGGCAAGAAACAGAUAGAACAACGAAUGUAGCUUCAAAACCUGGACAUCCAUGACAUGUUGCAGGUAGGCCUAUUGUAAAUGUAGAAAGCACACACAAAGAUGUGUUGCUUUGACUUUUGAGUCAUCAUUGUAUCUUAACUCUUCUUCCUAGUUUUUAUUUUUUUGCUUGUUAGAAGAGCCGUACUUGCAUUUGCAAGGUUGUGUAAAUAAAGUUGAAUGUUAUGGUACCUGAUUUGCAUAA